GUUGCGUUGACGCGUAGUCACCUGAGCUCAAACUAGAACCUUCUGUAGGCCGAGGACUUCUCGUCAGCCUCGCCCCGCCACAGUACACAUAUUCAAAGCAUCUCUGUUCCCUGAGCUAGUCGAGCUGCGUGUUGCUCAGCAACAUCAUGGCCACUCCUUCUGCCGUAUUGACCGACUUGUCGGCGCAUCUACAGGCUGUUGAGAGCGAUCCAACGACCCAGCUGGACACGGAACUACUAGAGCAGUGCGAGCUCUUCACAAGCACACCCGAGUACCGGAGUCAAACGUGGAAGGAGACACGGCCGCUGUUCCUGCAGAUCGCUGCCUUGUUGCCGCAGCUUCAGCAAGCUCCAUCACCUCUUGUACACUUCAUCAUCAAGCUUGCAACGCCCUAUCGGUUCGAAGACAUCAAAGAUGUAGACUUUGAGAUUGCGCUUGACUUACAAGCCACGCCGUUCCAUGCGCUGGUCCUGUCAUUGCUGGACAAGGCUACAGCGAGUAGUGCUGAUACACAAGCGCUUGCAAACCGCCCUGGAGUCGUGGCGUCUAUUGUUCGUUUAUGGCUUUGCACACAAGACACAGGGGUAGCGACCCAAGCAGAAGAUUUGCUUGUCUCUCUACUGAAAGCAUCCAAAAAUGAGCCGCUUUCAAUUGGUGGAGAAGACACGACACACACCUAUGGUACUGGCCCAAUGUGGCGGCGACUGUUCAACGACCAGGAUACUCGGUCUCUGUACUACUACCAUACAUCACUCAGGAAACUGGCAUCACCACCUCUGCCUGUCUUGAGCAAGCGAGACAAGACUAUAGCGCAAGCACGACUGCUAUCAUGGCUACCGCGGGUCGGCUCCAUGCACUGGGAUAGUCUGGUUGCCUCACAUACUGUAGACGUGGAACGUGAGGUUGGGUUAGGCAACAACCAAGGCCUUCUUCAUUACGCCACAACAAAAAUGGUGGAUACCGAAGACGACAUGCUCAUGUACAUGACCCUCAUCAACUUUUUCAGUGUGUUGAUCACUACGGUCAAGACAACGCCGCAUCUCACACACUACGAUUCGAGUCUUUCUCUAGAUUUCCUCCAAGAGCAAGGUAUCCACAAGCAACUCAUCGACUUUCACAUCACAGACAACCCUGGCGUAGAGCAUUCGUUUCUAAGCGGCCGGACAGCGAAGUAUAUUAGCGACUAUGCGUUCAACUAUCCAGAGAACUUCGAGAAGCGCCCAGAGAUGCCAACAAUACGGGAUUAUGUACAACGCAACAUCCGAAAGUGCGAAGCCUCGACACUGAACAUCAUCGCAUCUAUGCCACGAUCAACGCUGAUACCUCGGCGGGGCUCAAGUCUUGCCUGGGACGAUUGUGUCAUACUCGACAUGCCGAUCACCAGAACAAAUCAAGACGCACUGAAGACGCUGGCGACGAUCUUCCACGGGCCGCCUAAGGAGGAAAUCACAUUCCCACAAGUCGAGACGCUAGGAUCAGACGCCAAGCGCACACAGAUUGAAUCCGCAUAUGCCCGCCUCUUAACUGCACUGUUCGUAAGCAAGAAGCCGAACACAUUCUCGGACAUCAUCAGCCAUGCCGAGACUGUUGCAAUGAAGGAGAAUGCUCUCGCGGCUCUUACUCUGCUGCGCGCUCUCAUCACUGCAUCCUGGUCGUCCGAAGCCAUACCGGGCAUCCCUGCGAACGACCCUACAUACGCUCGGCUCGGCAACUUUCCCAAGUCCGGUAUCGACCUCCUCCUCGAUCCGAGCAUCAGUGGCGGCGUGCUACCAGCGCUGUUAAAGCCUGCUACAUCAUUCUCGAAUCUCGUCGGGGGACGAGGCGAUGCAGAGAAUGCAGCGUAUCAAGUUGCAAUGGCGAAGUUCGAUGUGCUGAGGGCGCUGGGGCGUCAGCUGGAAGAGGACGGUGGACGCGACGUCGUCCUGUCUAUGGUGAAGAGGAGGAUCAACGAGGGGCCAUGGGGUGUUGGCGGCAAUGCUGGAAGCAGGAUUGGCACGCUGGAGCUCUAAAUGUAACGACUGCGUACGAACGUUGCAUCGACGCUCAAAGUUCAGAAUUGUUACCCAGUUCAACGACGACGACUACAAGUGUCCAAAAGAAUGAAGGACUCGAUUGCUUUCUCCAUCACCAUAAUCUAGUCCCAACGCCAGAGCAACGCCAGAACAAUGUCCGAGCAACGCCUCUAUAAACAACGCUAACAACUAAGGUGACACGCUAUGUUUCUCCAUGUGCCUAAGCAGAUUGUCCCUCCGUGUGAAAGAGUUGCCACAACCAGGUUCUAAACACUCGAUCAUGCGG